AUGUCACACAUUUUGCAGCCUGCAGUAGAUUCAUCCAGCAGUGAAUGGGAUGAUCAAGAUGCCGAUUCUGGUCGCAUUGUAUCUGUUCCUGGCCCCGGCGCGUCCAAAGGAGAACUUCUAGAGACUCUCAAAGUUUUGCAAAUUCAAAUGCAGAAGCUCCAGGACGAGAAUAGAAAUAUCAAAGAGGAAAAAAAAACUCUGCAUGCUAAGAAGCCUAAGCAAAAAUGGCGCACAGAUACUCACGAUGAAUUCAGCAUUCACGAGGACACCAUUUCUAUCUAUGCUCGCAAAUAUGGCAUGAUGGUCGAGAUGUUUCUCAGCAGCGACCUCCUUAACAAAUGCUUGCCGGAAUCUCUGAUUCCAUUUGACAGCAUUGACCAUUACAAGACUGGAUCUACUCAAGAGUCGACAUUCAUAGACGAGCUCUAUCACCACUUUCCCGAGUCAUUGCACAAGGUGAUGGAAAGUUCAUACUUUAGUGAUCUCGUAACAAAAUGCAUUGCAGACACUCAUGCCAAUGAGAUCAAAAAGCUUCGCGGGGUUGCUGGCGAUAUUUUUGAGCUUCCUUCAAAAUACGUUACCAAUACUAGCUACAACAGAGCCAACAUCAUCGAGAUCCAACGACUCCUUGGGGUCACAUCUUUGGCAAACCCAACGUACAAGACAUUCCCUCCAGUGUUGUUCCCAGGGUUGGUGGAGGAUAAAUCACUCAAGACUGUCUUUGGGAACUGGAAACUGCUGGCACAAGCCCUGAAAGCUUCAUUGCGGGGCAUCACAUCACUUCAUCAAACUUCUAGUGGCAGCAGCGCCCAUAUGAACUCAAUGAAGUGGAGUGUUCGGCAAGUCACACCAGGUUCCAUUGCAUGGGCCGCAGUCAUCGCAAUAUUUCUACUGUUGCCUGACACGGAAUUCUCAAGCACAGGCAUCGGAAAGAGGCCAGCUUUAAACUACAGGGAACUGUUUUUCACCUACAAGAAGGUUCUAGUAUCAAAAUGGAGUACAAGGCGCAUCACACUAAUUGUAACCAAUAUCAAUCACUACAUCUUCCAAGCCACAAAACUUUCCGCCCUGGAUUUGGCUGGACAGGAAGAUCAUACUGACAUGAUUGAUCGAGCACUCACAGCGCUUGAUAUGGAAAGUUCAACUGACGAAUCAGACAUGUCUGACCCAGAAACUGCCAGACAUGCAGCCAUUGCAGACCUGGAGCGUGUUUCAGGCUCAAUAUCACAACCAAACCUGUCCACAUUACAGCAGCACACUGCAAGAGCCACAUCUGGUCCUGUUGUCGAUGUCGGUGUAGCCGCUGCUGUCGGUCCUCCAAAUGUGGAUUCAGAGGCAGCACCUGCCAGUGGGCCUGAACCUGAUAUUGUGCAAGAGAGUGUCAGUUCAGCGGUAAUAGUAGACGAGGUACCUGAGGAUGCAGAACCUGCACCAAGUGGCAGAUGGAAGCAGGCAAAGACCAGAGGGAGGAAAGCUGCAGCUUCCGUCAGUGCGAAUCAUGCUAAUAUCCGGUCUCACAAAUAG